UGAACUUUUUCUUUGAUGUAGCUUAAUAUAUUCAAUAUUUUUUGGUUAAAGGAUAAAGGCAAAAUUAUAAUUCAACAGUGAAUAAUAAUUGACGAAUUCUAAGAUUAUUGAAUUUGAUUUCGAUUUAUAAAGAAAAUUUUUAAACAUUUUCCAAAUAUACCAAUAUUAAUAAUGUAAAAGAAACAAAUUGCAUUAAAAAAAAAAAAAAAAAAAAAACAUAUAGGCAUGUAUUUAACCAUAAAAAUCAGGAAAAUUAGUUAAGUCAAUAAUGAGAUUCCACGACUUCCAUAAAUGAAAUCAAUCAAUUUUAAUGAUGAUUGACAGUAAAAUAAAAAUGAAAUAAUAGGCUGGCGCGUGUAUACUUGUUGUUAACUUGUUAGUUGUAAUUUUACAAAUUUACCAAAAUACCCUCAUGAAAGUCUUCCCCCACCACCACCAUUGUGUAUUUUGUGUUUGCUUCUUUCUGUCUUUCAACACCUUCUUUUACAAUUACACGCUCUUUCCUCUUUCAUCUCUCUCUCAUAACAAACCCCAUCUUUCUCUCUCCUCCCCUUUUCUCUAAUCUUUCUCUCAUUUUUGGAAGAAACUUUUUUUUUGAAAGAAGACCUUUUUUUUUCCAAUUUGGUUUCAUAUUUGGAGAAGAAAGAUUUUGGUAAGCAAAGUUAUUUUUGCUUAAAAAUCAAUAAAUCAAUUACAUAAAAUGGCAACAAUAACCGCAUCAUUAGAGCGAUCACUUCAAAACUGCUCUUUAAACCAAACCACCAGAACCCGCCGAGGUGGCGGCGGAGGUGGCGGUGGUUUAGAGCGGUCAUCGUCGUCUGAUUCGCCGGAAAUUAUUCACAAUCAUAAAAAUGACAACCGUGUUAGACGGCGUGCUAACGAUCAAUCUUUGGUAGGCGCGACGACGACAACAACAACACAACAACACUGCUCAAACGCCGCAUCUUCAUCAGAUGAAAAUUCAACAUUCGUAGAACUUAACUCCCAUGUUUCUCUACCUUACCAUUGGGAGCAAUGCCUUGAUUUGAAGACAGGGGAGUUAUAUUACAUAAAUUGGAGUAAUGGGAUGAAAGCAAAGGAAGAUCCAAGAACUACAGGUUACAAUGGUGAUUAUUACUCAGAAGGCGAGGCGGAUGAUGAUGAAGAUGAGGACGAGGAUGAAGAAGAGGAGAGCAACUGCUAUGAUAGUGAGAGUUCAUCAACUGAAUCAUCUCCGUGUUCGAGUAAUCGGAAAGGGAGUUUCCGAUCACUCAAGAAACAACAACAACAACAACAAGAGCCAGAAUUGAACCAAGAAUCAGUAUUAGUAGUGGCAGGUUGCAAGAGUUGCUUUAUGUACUACAUGGUGCCUAAACAUGAGGAAGACUGCCCCAAAUGUUCUGGUCAGCUUCUUCACUUUGCUGCCAAUAAUUCCUCCCCUUAGAAUUUUAAUAUCAAAUUAAACCGACAUUAUUUAUUAUCAUCAUCAUUAUUAUUAUUAUAAAUCAACUCCCUUUUUCUGAAGUCUAUAUAAUCUUUUUUUUUUUAGUUAUAAUCCUAGAAAUGGAGGAGGAAAUUGUAUUUUAUUUUUUAAAUUUUUAGUGGUUUAGUUUGUUAAUUAAGGUGAAUUGAUGGUAGAUAGAAGAAAGAGUGAGAGGGGUGGAUGAAUGGUUGAUUCUUGAUUGUGACAUUCUGUAGCUUUGUUCUUUCUCUUAUCUCCCAUGCUCACAUAAAUAUUAUAUUUUCAAUUUUCUUUUAUUUUA